GUUUGUGUUUAAUCAAGAAGAGGGAGCGGUUUUUUAUGGGCUUUGGUUACCGAGGUGUGUGGAGAGGGAGAGGGUAUAUGUUGAUGGAUAUCAUAUAUACCCUCAACCUUUCUCACCUUCAAGGUUUGCCUCCUCUACAUCACGCAGAAGUCCCCAGCAGCUCCCCUUAGCAGCAAUCCUGUCAAGACAAGCAACCAUGCGCUUCCUCGGCGCCUCCCUCGCCGUGCUGGCCUACGCCGGCCCAGCUCUGUCUCAGACAGCUAUCACCGUCAACACCGCCACCCAACUCCAACAAAUGGACGGCUUCGGCGUCUCGCAAGCCUUCAAGCGCGCCGCCGAAUUCCAAGCCAUGUCCUCGGGCCCGCGCAAACAAGGCCUCGACUACCUCUUCAGCACCACCACCGGCGCCGGCCUGACCAUCAUCCGCAACCGCAUUGGUUCCGGCGGCGCAGGCGACAGCAUCUUACCCACCAGCCCUGGCUCACCGGGGGGUACACCCAAGUACCAGUUCGAUGGGAAUGAUGAGGGGCAGGUGUGGUUUUCGCAGCAGGCGAUGGCGUAUGGGGUUAGUACUAUCUAUGCGGAUGCGUGGAGCGCGCCGGGGUUCAUGAAGACGAAUGGGAAUGAGAAUGGGGGAGGGUAUUUGUGUGGGAGUUCCGGGCACGCGUGUUCGAGUGGGGAUUGGAGACAGGCGUUUGCGAAUAUGUUGGUGCAGUAUGUGAAGUACUAUGCCGGUGUCGGGGUGCCGAUUACGCAUUUGGGGUUCUUGAAUGAGCCGGACUAUGUCCCAACAUACUCCGGCAUGCAAUCCGACGGCACCAACGCCGCCUCCUUCAUCCCCACCCUCUCCGCGGCCGUCAAAGCCGCCGGUCUCAGCGUCAAACUCACCUGCUGCGACGCCAUGGGCUGGGAAAGCCAAAAAACCAUGACCUCCCAACUCGUCUCCGCAGGAAUGGAGCAAUACCUCAGCGUGAUUACCUCGCACGCUUACACCAGCGACCCCAACAGCGCCAUGUCCACCACCCUCAAGAAAUGGCAGACCGAGGCGUGCGAUCUCAAAUCCGCGUGGUCGGCGACGUGGUACUCGAAUGGGGGUGCCGCGGAGGGACUUACCUGGGCGACGAAAAUACAUAAUGGGGUUGUUAAUGCGGGGUUGUCGGCGUAUCUGUAUUGGGAGGGCGUGGAGGUUAACCAGUUCCAGGCGUCGUCGUAUUUGGUUGCGAGUGAUGGAUCGACUGUUACGCCGUCGGGGAGGCUGUGGGCUUUUGCGAUGUGGUCACGCUUUGUGAGGCCGGGCGCGUACCGUGUGGCUACUACGGGGACGGUGUCGUCGGUGGGGAUUGCGGCGUUUAAGAAUACGGAUGGGGGGGUGGCGGUGGUUAUGACGAAUACGGGUGGCUCGGCGCAGAGUGUCAAGAUCUCGGUCUCGGGACUGGAUGUUACGGCUGCUAAAGCGUAUCUUACGGAUAACAACCACUCCGUCGCCGAAACGGCAUCGACCCUCUCUGGCGGCGCCUUGACGGUGUCGGUGCCUGCCCAUGCGAUGGUGUCAGUCGUGUUGACUGGUGGUGGCGGCGCGACGACUCCGCCGGCUAAUACGGAUGUGCCGACUAGCACGGUUGUUACGCCGCCGGUGACGACGACGCAGCCGCCGGCGACGGGGACGGUGGAGCAUUGGGGACAGUGUGGGGGGAGUGGGUGGACGGGGGGGACGGUUUGUGUGAGUCCGUUUACGUGCCAGGUGUCGAAUCAGUGGUAUUCGCAGUGUCUGUGA